GACUAUGAAAGUUUUAGAAGUGACGUCUUUGAGUCUUGAAGAAGAGUCUUGUGAUUUGGGAUCUGUCGUGUGUUAUUUUAUAAUAACAAAUUCAGUUUCAGUUUAUUGACAAUGGCGUGCCUACAGUGCACCUCUGUAAUAGAUAAAAAUGAAUAAUAUUAUACUGCCGAUAAUAUGGGUCCCGAAAUAAUUUCCGUCAUCGAGCGGCAUCUUGGCCAUCUGGUUGAUGGAAUGAUGUGCUCACAAUGCUUUGCUAUCAUAAUGCAAGAAAUGUCUAAUGAUAGUGUUCUUGCACACGGAGAUCAUGAACUCCAGCAUUGCCAUGAUAGCAAUGUUUAUGUUAGGUGUAGGACAUCUUUGUUUAGGACGUGUGCUCACUCGAUUCCCGAGGGUGCAGAAAGGCAAUAUAUUGCUGAAACAAUUGCUCCAAGAGAGAUACCAGAGGGUGCCUUAAUAUAUUUACUUGUUGGGUACAUACAACAACAAGCAUACAUAGCAGCUUCUACUCUUAUGAAUAUGAAUGCAGGUGUAUGGUGCUGACGGUCUCUUGCCCAGACACAUAGCCACUCUAUACCUGAAGGACCUGAAUGGACCAUAAUAACAGAAACAAUAUAUCCAAGAGAGAUUCCACCAGGAGGACUGGUUUGCUAUGCUUGUUGGGUAGCAGCACAUAGAAAUGUGGAGCAUGCUACAAGGAUUGAGGAUAAUCAGCAAACUCCAGCCCCGGCUAGUGGUCCUGUGAGAGAUGAAGUUCCAGCAAGAAUUUACCCAAAUGAGUUACCAUAACAUGCGCUUUCUUGUUCCAACUGCUAGACAAAUGCACAGGAAAAUAUAGGAAUGGAGCAAGAAGUGGUGCAACAAUUUGAUAUGCAGCCACCAAGUGCAUCAAUAACACUUGAUGGUUUUACACACACAACACAGACAAAUGCUCAUUGUUUUGUGCCGGCUUGUAGCAACAUAGAACGAAAUAGAGUGCCGGAAUACUUAAGAAAAAUUAUAUUAAAAACUGAAAAAAUAUUUGUUACUUUGGAAAAAAUAUUAUUGAUUCCCAAUCCCACAAGAAAUGAUUUAAUUAAUAGGAAUUUAUUACUACCCGAAGGCUUGUUUGGAAACAAAGAGGCAUGAGUACCUAUAAUAAUAUGUGAUGGUACCUAUAUAUAUCUUCAAAAAUCAUCCAACUACAUGUUUCAAAAACAUACUUAUAGCUUGCACAAAUAUAGAAACCUUGUUAAACCUUUUCUCAUUGUUGCCACUAAUGGUUACAUUAUUGAUAUUUUCGGGCCCUAUCCAGCAACAAAAUCAGAUUCUGACAUCAUGAAAGCUUUAUUCCAAAAUGAAAACGAGGGUCUAAGGGCUUUUUUCAGCCCAAUGAUGUUUUCAUUUUGGAUUAAGGCUUUCGUGAUUCCAUUCUAAUGGUAGAGGGCCCUUACAAAGCCCAACGGCUUCAAAGUAUUUAAACCAGAGUCCUUAGAACAAGGAGAGACUCAAUUAUCGACCAUCAAUGCGAACAAAACAAGGUGUGUGAUACUAUGCAGAUGGAUGGUAGAGGUAGUUAAUGGUCGAUUUAAAAGAGACUAAUCUACUGAGACAUGAAUAUUUUAAUUUCGCUGCCACCCAUUUGAUGGACUAUGUUCAUAUUUGUGCAGCUAUAAUUACUGCCUUCCAUCCAGUGAUUAAAAAUAGACCAGUUGCUGAUGCUAUACUUACUCGAGCAAUGCAGAGAAAAAAUAUGCCCAACCGGUUAACAGAACUUAUAAUUGCUAACCGGAUCAACCGCUUUACUGAUUUACUGACUUAAUACUUUUUGGGUUAGGUACCUAUCAAAUAAAACAGGUUAGAAGCUAUUUCGGGGAACACAUUAGGCAGCAUGGAUCAUUUCAGAUAGAAGUAUCGGACGAACUGGAAGUAGUAGCAGAAGCAACCCCAUCCCAACUUGAUCCUUUUUUAAUAAGAGGUCAUAUAAAAUCUCGACAUACUCAGGACAAACAUAUACCUACAUAUUACUGGCAAGGGAAGGAUCAAGUGGGGAUGAUAAAAUAAUUAGCUAUUGUAAUUGUAUCUACGGACAAUGGGUUGCUGUGCUCAUGUCAUGACCUUUGUGUGGUAUUUGGGUUGGGCUCAGUACCAAGAGAGCAUAGAAGCACCGGUGUCAUUCCUGGAUGGAAUAUUAAUAAGGGAUGUUGUGGAAAACGAAUAAAAUCAUAAGUCCC